AUGACCGGCCACCACGGCUGGGGCUACGGCCAGGACGAUGGCCCCUCACAGUGGCACAAGCUGUGUCCCAUUGCCCAGGGCGACCGCCAGUCUCCCAUCAACAUCGUGUCCAGCCAGGCUGUUUACUCAGCCAGCCUGAAGCCACUGGAGCUUUCCUACGAGGCCUGCACGUCCCUCAGCAUCACCAACAACGGCCACUCCGUCCAGGUGGACUUCAACGACAGCGAUGACCGAGCCGUGGUGACUGGGGGCCCCCUGGACGGGCCCUACCGGCUCAAGCAGUUCCACUUCCACUGGGGCAAGAAGCACGGCGUGGGCUCCGAGCAUACGGUGGACGGCAAGUCGUUCCCCAGCGAGCUGCACCUGGUCCAUUGGAACGCCAGGAAAUACAACACCUUUGGGGAGGCGGCCUCGGCACCUGACGGCCUGGCUGUGAUUGGUGUCUUCUUAGAGACAGGAGAUGAGCACCCCAGUAUGAACCGCCUGACAGAUGCUCUCUACAUGGUCCGGUUUAAGGGCACCAAGGCCCAGUUCAGCUGCUUCAACCCCAAGUGCCUCCUGCCCACCAGCCGGCACUAUUGGACUUAUCCUGGUUCCCUGACGACGCCCCCGCUGAGCGAAAGCGUCACCUGGAUCGUGCUUCGGGAACCUAUCUACGUCUCUGAGCGGCAGAUGGAGAAGUUCCGGAGCCUGCUCUUUACCUCAGAAGACGAUGAGAGGAUCCACAUGGUGAACAACUUCCGGCCACCACAGCCACUGAAGGGCCGGGUGGUCAAGGCCUCCUUCCGGGCCUGA